UAACGACCUCACAUCUCCUACCUACCCAGCAGUUUCGCACUUCCACUUGCUUCCAACAACUAUGCGCCAAAGCCAAAAAUCUGUGAGAAAAAUAGCAAUGGAAACUCGAAAAGGCAACUCCCUUAGCCUCCUCCUACAAGACCCGAAUGACCUCAAAAAUGAAUUCAACUCCCUCUUCAACAAUCUCAACACUUGCCUUUUGUCUAAACACAAAAAUCCCAAAUCAAGAAACAGUCAUUUCAGUCCGAAAUUCAAGUUUUCUUCAACUUCUGUAUCAAUUGAAGCACAAAUUAACAACCCCACUUCCAGUUUUGUAAAAACUGCUGCUAGAGACUCACCAAAAGUUCAGGUACUUUUCAAGAAUCUUUCUGUUGUUGAAAGAGCACUUAUUGGUGCAGCUGGCGGUGGCAUUGCUGGUGCAUUUACUUAUGUGUGUCUUCAUCCACUCGACACUAUUAAAACUAAGCUUCAAACUAAAGGGGCAUCUGAGAUAUACAGUGGGGCAGUUGAUGCUUUUGUAAAGACUUUUCAAAGUAAAGGGAUUCUUGGUUUUUACAGUGGUGUUUCUGCGGUUAUUGUCGGGUCUACUGCUUCUUCUGCUGUUUAUUUUGGGACUUGUGAGUUUGGUAAGUCAAUUUUGUCGAAAUUCGAAGGGUACCCUUCUGUGCUUAUUCCACCUACAGCUGGUGCAAUGGGGAAUAUUGUGUCGUCUGCGAUAAUGGUGCCGAAGGAAUUGAUUACUCAGAGAAUGCAGGCUGGGGCUAAAGGGAGGUCUUGGCAGGUCCUAAUGAGAAUCUUGGAAAAAGAUGGGAUUUUGGGGUUGUAUGCUGGAUAUAGUGCUACAUUGUUGAGGAAUUUGCCUGCUGGGGUUUUGAGUUAUUCAUCAUUUGAGUAUUUGAAAGCUGCGGUAUUGAGUAGUGUGAAGAAGGAAAGGUUGGAGCCAUUUCAGAGUGUUUGUUGUGGGGCAUUGGCUGGUGCUAUAUCAGCUUCACUAACAACUCCUUUGGAUGUGGUGAAGACUAGGUUGAUGACUCAGGUGCAUUCUGAAGCUGCUAAUAAGGCUGCUGCUGUAAUGGUUACUGGCGUCUCGGCUACUGUUAGACAGAUAUUGAAAGAAGAAGGUUGGGUUGGUUUUACGCGGGGAAUGGGUCCUAGAGUACUUCAUAGUGCUUGCUUUUCAGCUCUGGGGUACUUUGCAUUUGAGACAGCUAGGCUUACAAUCUUGGAUCAGUAUCUGAAGCAUAAGGAGCUAAAGAAUCUGGUUCCUGCAGAUGAGGCAGCCCAGGCCAGUUAGAAUGUAUGAGUACUGUUUAUUAAAUACAUCUGUUAAAACCUUUUGUAAGUGCACUUGUUUCUUAUUGUUUCCAAUCAUAUCUCUGUAGAUUAAUGUCUUCACAAGUUGAAACCUUUGACCGUACAAGUUCGCGAAGAAGAAUGUCUCUGGAUUUGUUUGCUAAUAUUAGGCGGAUAUGUAUAGUUGAUCA